GCCGAAGAGAACUGCGGCUGAUUUGCUGAUGUCAGGACUUCAGUGCAGCAUUUCAUGGCUUUGGGCGGAUACUCGACGGCUGGCUGAAACGCUCUCUCCCCGACACACACACAUGCCCACCCGGCAGACGCGAUGCUGUCCUCCGCUAGACGCUGCGCUUUCACAAGCGUGUUGAUUUUGUGCCUGUGCUCGCCAGCCGAUUUGAAACGGGUUUUUAGGUGUCCGUCGACAUGCACCUGCUCGAAGGAGUCCAUUAUUUGUGUCGGAUCCAACUAUGUCCCGCGGAUCAGUCCAAACGACAUCAAUUCACUGAGCAUCGUCAACGCCACCUUCACCGAGGUCAAAGAGUCGAUGUUCGCGCACAUGCCCUCUCUGCAGCUGCUAUUGCUGAACUCUAAUGCCCUCACCACCAUACGAGAUGAUGCCUUUGCUGGUCUUCCUCACUUGGAGUACCUGUUCAUCGAGAACAACAAACUGGAGAUGGCAUCCCGCUUCGCUUUCAGAGGCCUGAGAGACCUCACCCACCUGUCGCUUGCAAACAACAAUAUCAAGGCUUUGCCCAGGGAUCUGUUCAGCGACCUGGACUCUCUGAUCGAGCUGGACCUGCGUGGCAAUGCAUUUGAGUGCGACUGCCGUGCCAAGUGGCUGAUGCAGUGGGUGCGGGGGACCAACGCCACCGUCUCGGACAUCUUCUGUGCUGGACCCGAGGACAUGAAGGGCAAGAGGCUCAACGACAUGGCCAGCAUGCACAACGAGUGCAUGUCCACAGACUUUGUCCUCCAUCAGUCUGUCACCUCAGAGUCUCUGUCUGUGGACACCUUCUCCUUCAAGAAUGAUGUGUAUGUGGCCAUCGCUGCGCCCAACACCGAGAGCUGCAUGGUGCUCCAGUGGGAUCACAUUGAGAUGUUCUUCAGGAGCUACGACAACAUCACAGGCCAGUCUAUCGUGGGCUGUAAGUCGGUGAUCAUCCAGGACCAGGUGUUUGUCAUCGUGGCGCAGCUCUUCGGUGGCUCACACAUCUAUAAGUUCGACGAGGACCAGAGUCGUUUUGUGAAGUUCCAGGACAUCGAGGUGUCCAAGAUCUCCAAGCCCAACGACAUCGAGGCGUUCCAGAUGGCAGGGGACUGGUUCUUCGUCAUCGCCGACAGCUCCAAGGCAGGCCUAUCCACGCUGUACCGCUGGAAUGAUAAAGGGUUCUACUCCCACCAGUCCCUCCACGAGUGGUUCCGUGACACGGACGCCGAGUUUGUCGACCUGGACGGGAAGGCCCACCUGAUCCUCGCCAGCCGAUCACAGGUACCGGUCAUCUACCAGUGGAAUCGUGCGUCGCAGCGCUUCGUGCUGCAGGGGGAGAUCCCCAACAUGGAGGACGUGGUGGCGGUGAAGGCGUUCCGCGUGGACGAGGCGCUCUUCCUGGCCAUGACGCGCUACAUCGGCGACUCCAAGGUGCUGCGCUGGACGGCGCCCAAGCACUUCUCGGAGGUGCAGGCGCUGCCGUCGCGCGGGGCUAUGAUCCUGCAGCCCUUCAGCUUCAAGCGGCGCCACUACCUGGCGCUCGGCAGCGACUACACCUUCUCACGCAUCUACGUGUGGGACGCCGACAGCGGAACCUUCCGGCGCUUCAAGGAGGCCUACAUCCAGGCACCGCGCUCCUUCACCGCCGUCUCCACUGACCGCCGAGACUUCCUGUUCGCCUCCAGCUUCAAGGGCAGCACACAGAUCUACGAACACAUCCUCAUCGACCUCAGCCUGUGA